CAACAACGUGUUUCCUCUGCCAACUACAGAAGAUUAGCUCUUGUCAAAAGGUGACAGGGAAGACUAUAUCUUGUCACUACUCAAGAUUGUAGCUGUUGAUCGAGCGACAUGUUAGUGGCAAAAAAAAAAGAAGAGAGGUCGGUGGGUAACAGGCUGACGAGAGAGUUCCAGACAGAUGAUACAGGCGACACAGGUGACACAGGUAAAACGGGGGGCUUACUGUAAACAGUCGGCGAAUGCGGAAAACAAGUGUGUGCACAGACAUUUGUUGGGCUCCGAUAACUAAAUUUUGAGGCGUGUUUUUAAAUUGUAACCUUCACAUUGUUUUCUAUUGAUAUUUGAAGAAAAGUUUUGAUUCUCUGUCUUUAAGAGUUGUUUUAAUGUGCAACAUCCGGACCGGACACGUUCUACCUGACAUUUGAAGAAGAGUUAUUAUUCACUGACACUGAAACUCAUUUUCAAGUCUACCAUUCGGACACGUUUUACUGACGUUUGAAGAAGAGUUAUGACUAUCGGACUCUUAGACUUCUUUUAAAGUAUAACUUGAAAAAACAAUUCUACUGACAUUUAAAGAAGAGUUAUGAUUCCUUGUCUCCAAGACUUGAUUUAAAGUCCAACAUUCAGACGCUUCCUGCUGACGUUUCAAGAAGAGAUGGAAUUCUGUGGCAUCGUAUAGGCAUCCACGCUAUAUAGAUGAUUCCAACUUCAGACGAUUCCACGUAAUGGUGAACAGGGAGUGACAAACAUCGGUAGGAAAGUCUGUUACGUCCACAAAUGAAACAUUCGACACAGAUUCUGACAAAAAUUACUUAGUGAAUUCAUCAGUAUUUUCAGUCGUCGACACGUUUGGCUUAAACCAUGACGACAGGCAUCUUCCCAGAACGACUCCAAGCGGCAGUCAUGAUCAUCUCGCUGGUUGUCCCCCUUGUUUUUGGACGCUAUUAUUACUGGUCCUCCAGAUCAGAAUCGCAGUUCCAGAGCCGGCCGAUCACGCGCUCGUUCGGUUUCCCCUCCUUCAGUAACAUGUGCAGCUUCCGGAAGCGAAGCGACGUCCUCCGACUCCUGCCGAACAGGUUCAUGUCGGAGAACGACCUGUUGAAGAUGGUUCCGAACUUUGACAUGGUGGACACGAAACCCCACAACCCCACCUACAAGCCGGUGCGUCGAAUCAUUGUGGGCAGUUUUAUUGGGCGCGCGCCCUGGAAGAGUGGCAAGGUCAGCUAUAUCAACGACAACAAAUGUGGCUGCUGUCUUACAGAGGUGGGAUACGAGGUUGUGGACAAAAUUACAGAUUUCCAGGGGGUCAACCACAGCAUCAUCAACUUCAAUAACAACUUUCAAUUCAUCCCCACGGGACGAUGCAUGAACGAGGACGCCCCGUGUGGUGGAGGGGGCGUGGCCCGCUGUAAGCAGGUGACGCGUGCGCAUUGGAGUCUCGUGUGGACGCAGAGCGUUGGCGUACAGCUCGUGUCACACGAGGUGCCAAAUCACUGCCAGUGUGUCAAUGUGGGAUCCGCCUCACCGGCAAAUAGUUCCGUGCGGACAAUCGGAGUGAAGCGGAAGAAAAGAGACAGUGGGUAGAGACAUGCAGUGUCUUUAGGUCCGAAUGAUUUCUAUUCCGGAUAUAUUCGGAUGCGUUCGGAUUCCCGACUGAUUUCCGGAUAUAUUUGGGUGCGUUCGGAUUAUCCGAUUGAUUCCCGAAUAUAUUCGGGUGCAUUCGGAAAUUUCUACGGAUGAGCUCGGAAAUUUCUACGGAUGAGCUCGGACAUUUUCACGGAUGAGUUCAGAAACUCGUGAAUCUAAAAACAUUUCGGGUGUGAUGGUCUUUCUACUGAAAUAAAGUUUUAUUUCCA